AUGUUUGUGAAUAGCUUAAAAUAUAUUUACGCGUGUUUUUUAAUCAUAACAAACAUAUGUGCAAUACAAACUCUUACGUCAAAUGAGUGCGCAAAUACCAACGUUUUGCAAUUACCUAACCUCAAAGUUAUUACUAAAUCUAUUAUUCCAGAACUUAAUGGUAAGGGAAAGGGAGAAGCUGGUAAAGUAGGCAUAAUCGGUGGUUCGGUUGAAUAUACUGGGGCUCCGUAUUUUGCUGCUAUAUCAGCAUUAAGGGUUGGAGCUGACCUUGUAUAUGUUAUUACCACAGAGAAUGCAGCUCCUAUUAUCAAAUCGUAUAGCCCAGAUCUCAUUGUGUAUCCCUUUCUUAAUGCCUACUCGGCCUCCAAACUUAAUUUCAUAUUAUCAAAAAUGGACGUCGUAGUCAUCGGACCGGGUUUAGGUAGAGACGAUGAUAUCAUAAAGUUAACACAUGAAAUUAUACAAACGUGUCAAACUUUAAAGAAACCUUUGGUUAUCGACGCCGAUGGUCUUUACGCCGUAUGGAAGAAUGUAUCUGUUCUGAAGGAUUAUCCUAGUCCUGGCGCGAUUCUUACUCCUAAUCACAAAGAAGCAACGCGACUAAUCCAAGCUGUUCCUAGUAAGAGUGGUGCUUGGCAUGAUUACUGGGGUAAAUACGUAUCCGUGUUAAAUAAAGGAGAACAAGAUCGUUACCUUUCAAGUAUAGUUUCUUUUAGAUGGACUUCCUCAGAAGGUGGAUCCGGUCGACGUGCUGGUGGACAAGGAGAUAUUUUGUCGGGCAGCUUGGCUACAUUUUUUAACUGGGCAUUAAAAAGUUACAUUUGUGAAAACGACCAAUCAGCACAGUUCGCCCAAAGUGUUGCUGCUUAUGCAGCAGCAAAAUUGACAAGAUCUUGUAAUUCGAAAGCAUAUGAAACAUACGGUCGUAGUAUGAUAGCUUCCGAUAUGUUAAAAGAAAUUCAUAGAGCAUUCAAAGAUGAAUUUGAAUAA